GUCGCUGCGGUCUUGCGGCGAGGGUGACGCCGGCCUGCCGAUCUCUCCGCUCUCUCCCUCGGAGGUCGCCGAGGUCGGCCGACUCUCGUGUGACCGAGGGAAGUGUCUAGGAAGUGUCUAGGAAGUGUCUAGGAAGUGUCUAGGUCGCGCGGCUCUCGUGUGACCGAGGGCCAUGCACGGGCGGCACCGCCGUCUGGCUGCAGGGCGAGCACUUCACGCCGGAGCUGCUGGUGCUCUUCGGCGACGUGCCUGCCAAGGAGGUGAGCUACGUGUGCCCGGAGCUGCUCACUUGCGUCGCCCCGCCCUCGGGCGACGACGAGCGCAGCCGAACCGUCGACGUGCGUCUCGUCUCGGCCGUGUCUGGCCGCGCGUCGCGCCGCCCGCUCCCUUUCCACUACCGAGCCCAGUCCGCGGCAUCCUCGGCGGCGGCGGCGGCGGCGGCGGCGGCCGGAGGACGGCCCGGGUCAGGCGAGCUGAUCGAGCGCCUCCUGGCCUCCCUCGAGCGGGCGCAGGCCGCCGCGGCGGGCGGCGCGGCCGGCGCGGCCGGCGGCGCGGGUGGCGUCGGCGGCGGCGGCGGCGCCUCGGCCGCGUCUCACGCGUCGGUUUUUCACACGGUGGACGAGCACGGGCACACGCUGGCCGAGUACGCAGCGAUGUUGCGGCGCCGCCGCGCCUCGUACCGCGAGGAGGCGGAGGAGGACGCGUCCGAGCUGCAGGCGCAGCACCGCCAGCUGGCGCAGCUCCGCGCUGUCGAGCGCCUCUCGGCGUCGCUCGCCAACCGGCCGUCGGAGCAGGCGCUGCUGGAGCGGCACAUCUUGCGCGGCGACGAAGAGCCCGAGCUGCUCGCCGCCAAGCGGAAGCGGCUCGAGGGGUUCCUCGCCGGCCGGCCGCCCCCAGAGGUUGUGGCCGUCCCGCCAGACGCCGCGCCGCCGGCGGGGGCGACCUUUGCGGGCUCGAGUCUCUGACGACGUGACACGACACUCUGUGUGGUAUUUUAUGAUCGGACCCGGGGGCGGGGGGCGUUCUCCAGGUGAGAAGGGUUAGCGGCAGGCCAGAGAAAAGUAAUAUCUUUACGGCUCUACCUAGGU